AUGGCGGUGGCCUUAUUGCUCCUCGGUGCUGUCUCGGUGGUCUCGACAGCUGCCUACCCUACGCACUCGUACCACAUUUUUAUGGACUGCUACGACCCCAUCUGCAGUAUGAACGGAAUCUACGGUUUUCAUUGUAAAAAAGGCAUUUGCAGAUAUAUUUGUUCGGAAUAUGGCUGUCGACAAGAUGGUCUGGUGGACAGACCGAUGAAAGAUAUGUCCAACCUCAUCUUCCACGGAUGUCAUGAUUUGAGUUGUGCCGUUAACGGCUUCUAUGGAUAUGGUUGUACGGGUGGCGCUUGUCAUUACAUCUGCUCAAGUGGAGGCUGUGUCGAUGUGGGAUGGAUUAAGCCCACCGCAAGGUGCUCACCAAGAUCCAAACAGCUGAAGGUGAGGAAUCCAAAAAUCGCAAAGGGAGCGCCCAAAAAAGUGAAUAUCAAGAUCAGGCAAGGUGAUAGCACGAAGGAGGAGGAUUUGGAUGAGCAGAGAAGCACUCAAGUCAGCAUAGAUGCUACUGAACCAGUGACAACUGUUGUACCAGUGAUUAAUAAAAUUGAAGAAAAGGAAGAAGUGACAGAACAGAUUCAGUUAGAGAGUACCUUGGCAAUGGAAUUACUCACAGAAGAAUCUACAGAAUUAAUAGAGGCGUCUACGGAAUCGAAGGUGACCGAUGGUACUACCGAGGUGCAUAAAAUUGUCGAGAAUGAUAUCAAAAAAAGUGAAGCUAUUAAAGUGCUUGAUGCAGAUAAGGAGAAUGCGGUUCCACCGAGCGAACAGGACAGUAAAAGGAAACUAGCUACGAAAACACCACCCAAAAAGCGACUAUUAAGACGACUAAGGAGCAGUCAGGACCAGGAGAGUGGAGAGCAAGGGAACCUAAGAAGGCCUCUCGUAUACACAUUAACUGUGUUGGGUGUGGAGUUCUUGAGGGUUUUUGGAGUUGUGCUUGAGGAAGAUGUGCUUUCGAACGUUCAUGUUCUGGAGGCAAUUUUUACGCUUAAGGAAGUAUGCGACCGGGAGGCGAUGCUCAAUUUGUUCACCUUCAAUCCCUACAUACCAAAGCAAGGGUUUGACGCAGAGACAUGCAACACGCAGUGUCAGCAGAUGGCCUACACGUGCUCAGUGACAGCUGGUACGGACUUUUGUAUGUGUGGUGACCGGCCUGUUGACAUGAAAAAUUCAGUUUACAUCUGUCCAGGCGGCCAUACUGACAUUCGUUGCGUCUCAUCCAACAACACUUUCCUCCUUCUCCAUACCUCUCUUGACUCGGCCCUGCCGGGAUUGGUGGGAGGCGUUCAGGAGAUAAGUAUAUCCUACUCAGCCCUCCAGGAGUACCUGCCUGUACCUAUUUCUAGUAUGAAUUUGGAGGUAAGUGUUUUACCGGAGAGCAGCUGGGAGCCAGUGGGGAGUCCUCCCCCGUCAACUAUCGACUUCAUCUCACCCACUCCCCUUACGCAAGACGUUCUCUUGGGCUUGAAAUACAACAGUAGGAGAUUUGCGGUGACUCCACUUCGGAUAUCAUUCAAUCGAACGGUUCAAAUGGAAAAGAUACUCUUUGAGUGCCCAAAACAAGUACUCAAAGGUGUAUCUUUCGACUGCAGACUCAUUGCCGAGGUAACUGACGGAUUUGGCGGAAAAGUGACAUGGGAUCAGCAAUUCAGCGAAGACUUCAUUUUCCCAAGCAGCAAUUUUGACUACAUCGGCACACCGAACUUGUACUCUGGACCGAGUCUCUCCAAAUGCACCCUCGAUGGCAUGGUUGUCACCGGAACUCAAGCCAUGUAUGCUGGAAGAGUUCAUGAGGUCUUCAUCAAGCUCACAGCUCCAACCACGAUGCAAAUAUUUAUUUUGCGUCCAACGUGUGAUCGAGGUCUAAUUUACGACUAUUUCACCGACACCUGUCAACCAGAAGGAUUUGAAGGCACUGAGUGCACUGAUCAAGAAGUCUACAAUCCACUGUUUCGCACCUGCGUGCAGAGAUUUAUGACCGAAUCAGAGAGGAUCAACAAGAGAGGCAUCAAGCAGGACAAUCCAAAAGCCUCAACCUCAGUGCCUUACACUGUAGUGAAGGUAACGUCUCGUUUGCCUCCUUUCCUGAGUCUGAUCGUAGACGCCAAGUAUUUGGAUUUGCAAAGCUUCCAGCUCCAAAAGCCAUUCAGAGUAGAGAUCGGUGAUAGGAUUGGAGUGCUGCCAGCCAACCUGGAAGCCGUCGAUUGCACUCACUCAACAAAGACUGCUCCUGCCGAUCUUGUGUAUUCAUCAACUUCGCCAGUGUCAAUUGAAGAGGGAACGACAUUUUCCAAACUAAUUCGUCUGGAUGGGAAACGCUAUAAGAUAUCUGCAGCCGUUGUGGCCGCUCCAGAUGCCAUGCUGUUCAAAGGUCGCUUCGAGACAUCAGGCGUCAAGCAAGUGACGGCUACUGUCAACAUGGACACGUAUUCCGCAGUGCCUCAAGUGGGGACUUUUCUCAGUAUCAUUAACGUAGUCGGCCCUCUCCAAGCGCCUCAGUUGACUCAAUUCAUUUUCACCCUGGGUAAAGCCGAAGUUCUCUGUCUCAUCGUGGAGCAAGGUGGUGAGGCUACUUACCUAUGGGAUUUUGGCGACGGUUCACCGGUGGAGACAAGUGUUGUGAGUGAGGUGCGUCACAUCUUUCAACGAAUUGGCCUCCUCGCCCUCUCUUUCGGCGUUAAAAAUGCCUUCGAUUCAGCAACAUACACUUUUCCUAUCAAAGUCUAUGAGACUGUCUCCCUGGGAGCAUUGACUGUGGAGCCAACGAACCGGGUCUUUGAAUCCCAAAAACCUAUCGACUUCCUAGCCACGGUAAUCACAGGCUCGGAGAUAUCUUUUAAGUGGUUUGUUGAUGGUGAGCUGAUUCAGGAAACUGCGACACCCAAGGCAAGCAUCACCUUCGACCGGGCUGCAAACUACACCGUCACCCUGAACGCGUCAAACUGCAUCACCUGGCAGGACGCACAAGUGGAUAUUGAAAUUGUGGCUCCCAUUAAAGCAAUUUUUCUCGAAAGUGAUAGCAUUCCAAUUGGUUUGGAAUCUUAUCUGACCUUCGGCUACUGCGAUGGACUUCCACUGAGUGGGGAAGUUUCAAUAGACUCUGGAGCAUGGAGCCCUCUGAUUAUUGAACUCAUGUCCAGAUCGCUCUAUUCUCCUCCUCUCCUCUUCACUGACAUUGGAAGGCGUCAGGCAACUGUGAGGUUAAUCAGUGCUCAAGACAGUGUUCAGAAGAAUUUUGACUUUUGGGUGGAGGAGCUGCCAAACCACUACCUCUUACAAGCCAAAUCAAGACAGGUGUACGUGAAUGACGAUAUCGUUUUGACAUCAAAAAUCACAGGCAAUUGCACCGGUGGUACAAUCGAGGUUUCCGAUGAUCACAUCUUCAAGGACGUACACAUUACAAGGCACAAUGAGGUGGUACCUGCUGAGAUCACGCACAAACAUGGAGGCUAUCCCGAUCCGGGUGUCUACGCUUUUCAUGGACUCUUACUAUGCGCUGGCCGUGCGUUCACCAAUGAUGAGAUUGUGGUCGUUAUGCCCUCCUUAGGUACUUACGAAUUGCGAGCAGAUGGAGAAAGAGUUCCUCAAUAUGAGAAUUACUAUGUACACGUUCAUCGCACUAAAGGACUCGCAAGUCCUUGCUUGAGUGUCAUUGUUGACUGGGGAGAUGGAAGUCAAAAAAGCCUCACUUUUUACGAAGAAGGGACUCCAGUGGGGCAUUCCUACACGAAAGGUGGUCACUAUGAUGUGACAGCCAAGAUAAAACAGGACAAAGAAACAAAAAAUCUGAAUCAUCUUAAUGUGGAAGUGGGAGUCGGCAUUUUUGGCUUUGGAUGCUUCGUACAGCCCAGUGGGGUCUGUGAAGUUGACGAAGAGUUCGAACUUAUUGCAGUCUAUAGAAGUAACGAAGAAGUGAUGAUCACGCUAAGUGAAAAUGGCAUGCCAGCUACUGUAAGACAGCUGGUCAGAGAGGUGUCAAACAACUUAUUCAAGAGGCAGUGCACCCUUGAAGUCGAGACUCAGUAUCGCGUCCACGAUUUUGAGGCGGAAUUAGAGCGAUCUAGCUCGAGAUCUUCUGGGGAUUUGGCCCUUCAUGUGCGUUAUACUGGAAUGGACUUGUCUCGGCCGCACGGCGUCCGAGUGAGCGUCAAUUGGGCCAACGAAUCCUCCACCACCGUAUCAAUGCCCGAUUCUGUGAAUGACCUUCGUCUUACUCAUCGUAUGUCCAAGGACGGCAAUCUCAUGCUCGAAGUAGUGGUAUCAAACAAUGUCUCUAGCCAACGCCUUCUUCUUCCUUUUAGCUACUUCAAACCCAUCAUCUCAGUCCAACUGAACAUCCUAAUUGACGAGAUAGACAGUCCUGGCUACGGCCCAGAGCACGAGUGCUUCACCACUGAUGAUUCCCUCCGAUUCGAGGCUGUCACCAAGGGUGGUGCCAUCAACGCCACACAUCUUGUAGUCAAGGAGGUUGAUAAAGGAGUCACAAUUUUCGAAGAGAUCUACACCUCACCCUCCAUUGUCUACAAAAUGACAGCACAAGGGGAAGUUCGUCUCUCAUUUAUUGGACUCGCAGACAGAGCCUGCGUUUGUGCUGAUCUGGGCAAUGGCAGACACCUCGCCUAUCCACCUGUCGGAGGUGCAAAGUGUGGAGAGUGCUCCGACUACUCCACUGCAUCGCGUACACUGACCAGAAAAUCGCUCAUCCUUCCGGUGGUGUAUGCUUCUCCAGGCACAUUCACAGUCACUGCUUCGGUCAGUCACAUAACUGCGGAAUUAAAAGUGAUUGUCAGUCCUGUCGGCUGCUAUGCACCGUCCAUACUGCUGGAGUUACCAGAAAUUGCCAAUCCCAACACACCUGUGGGGAUAAAGGUGGAAGAAAGACUUACCAUAAUUGCUCGAAGCAAUGGAACUCUUUGUCCGCAGUUCACACCGAUGGUGUACAAAUGGCAGAUCUUUAAACUGAACUAUUCGACUACAGAAAGGCUAAAGUGGAUUGACCUGCCUCAGUUCCCUUCAAAAAGCAACUUGCAGGUCAACAUACCGCCCCACUUGCUCGAGCCUGGACUCUAUGAGGCCUAUUUAAGCGGUAUGGUGGAUGACGUGGAGGUUUAUUCAGCGGUUAGUGCAUUCAUCGCGGUAGCAGAACUAGCUCCGGUGGUAAGGUUUGAGAAGAAUGGAGAAGAAGCGGUCACCAUUAGUGAGAGCAUUACUGCUCUUUGCCUCUCUCCUGCCAAGUACUCUUUCAACCCCAACAUCCCCCAUGCCAAAUUGGGCGAGGGUCUAGAGGGUUGGAAACUGACAUGUACACGACGCGAAAAUGGUUCUUUCAGUGCAGUGACAUCCUGUGAGCUGCCCAGGAUUCCCGGAAUGGAGUUGGGUGACUUCUGCAUUGACAGAGGCCUCCUCAACUUUACCAACGUAUACCAUUUUCAGGCUAGAAUCAGCAAUGGACAUAGCGUUGGGGUAGGAAAUCUGCAGGUCACCUUUGCGGCUGGAGACCUACCCUCUCUCCAAAUAAAGAUGGUACGACCAGAACUUGGCCUCGAUUGUUGCUUAGAGGGGAUCACCAGUGUGAGUAAAACAACUGACCUCGGUCUGGAAGGCGCAUGCACAGGAAGCUGUGAAGGCGCGUUCCUGUGGACUAUUAAAAAAUUUGACUACUGCGGUACUGUCAUACCGCUGACAAAGGAGGAAUUGAAGGAAGCGUCGAAAGCAGAAUUUGACAACAAACUACUCAUCAUCAAUUCAAAGUUUCUAUCACAGUGGAACAAUAAGCACAUCCUCCUAGUUUGCUUCUCUCACACCUCCGUGUUGGGCUUCAAAACCGAAGUAUGCAAACGAUUUCAUCCAGCGAUACCGCCUGUGCUAGGCGAAUGCCGUGUCGAUCAUACUGGUGAAAUCGCCAGAGAUACGAUUGUUUGCCUUUCCUGCGACGGAAUGCGCUCGGAUAAGAGACCCGUGCUUUACAGGUUUCAGCAGGGGAUUGAUGGCAAGCAAUUCACCUUUGCAACCUCAAGCGAGCCCAAAUACUGCGGGAGGGUGCCCUACGUGUCUGGCGACUUUGAUUUGUGUGUCAGUGUGACUGACAAUAUGGGCUCGCUAAGUGAGCGCUGCUUCCUCAGCCUUCGUUUCAAAGUGGAAACUCCCAUUGAUGUCAAUGCCAAGUUGGAAGGCAUUUUUAAUUGUACCGAUAACGAACUCUCCGAUUCAUUGACAUCGUCAGACCCGAACCAAAUCUCCGUUACUGUACAAAGCCUCUCUAGAUUAUUGAAAGACUGGAAGAAGCUCCCUUUAGAACGUAUUAGCUGUCACGAACAUUGCCAUCUUUUUUACUUUAAUGUUGACAAGAUUGCCGCCCAAUUAGUGGAGGCUACUAAGAGACUCGAGGUGACCAACACAAACGCCUUACAAAUGACCGUCUCCACCCUGAGUGCAGUGGCGGCAAUUUCAGGUGACAUGACGCAAUCAGCGCAGCUUCAACUCUCUUUUAUCAUUCAAAAUGUAAUCAGGAACUUUGAAGACAUUUCACAGUCCUCCUCAAAAGAGGACUCGAUUGACAUCGGAAUUAUGAUUCUCUCCACAUUUUUUGAUGUGCUUAAUGGCACUCAAUCACAGCUUAUCUCGCCACACCUCGAGGAUGUUGUGACCAAACCUUCAACAAUGACAUAUGACACAGAUAUUGACAACUACGAGCCUGAAGGUGACACCGAAGAGGAGCAAUAUUCUUCUUUAUCAGCUAUCAACACCCGAAUGAAUCAGGAGCUUGUGAGUGCCGAACUCUAUCAACAAUUAGUGACGUUGCAAAUGGAGGUAACAAGAAGCCUUGGUUCGCUGCUUACGAAUAAUGAGGGCAUUGCCAUCUCAACACCCCUUGGAAAGAUUUCCCUACGCAAAGUAUCAAAAUCAAGUGUGAAUUAUUGGUUGUCCGAAUCCUAUGGCGAUUACUCCUCCUCAUCCAUAACCUUUGCAGGACUGGAGGACUUGUUUAACGAUACAGACGACAUUCUUAUACAGACAAUGGUUGCCAGAGGGAGUCUCUUUGGAUUUGCGGAUACAGCACACACUUUGGUCGCAGCUCACUCCAUGGCUGUGGAGCUGACUGUUUUCAAGAAUGAGGAGGAGCUCUCAGUCCAGGGAAUGCCUGGUUCAGUUACCGUAAGAAUCGCUAUGGAUCUAAAGGAUAGCUUGCCCCCGUUCACAUCAGGAACUCUUGAUGGAAGCCCAAUGAAGCUGCCCGAUCCCAUUAUUGCUGUGGAUGGAUCUAUUGUCCACCAGCAACUGGUGAUGGUUGGCUUUGAAAUUGGCGAAGAGGCAGUAAGUUUCAGCUUUCAAAUUGAACCUGAUGACGUUGACGCGAAACCACAGUACCUCGUCGUUGCCAGCUUUGUAAACCCGCCUGAUUUGUCCAAUGUUGACUGCAAAUGGGCUCUUAUUUGGGCUCUUGUUCCACCAACCCUCGACGUAUAUGACAAUCAGUCAAUUACUGUUGAGGAGAAGGAGGCCAAUUUCACCUUCUUUAUCAACAAUGUUGACUUCGCCAGGCACAAGAAAGAGGCUCUGAAUGCGACUGUCGGACAAAUGAUAGGCGCCUCCGUGCUGAAGACCUUAUGGGUUGGCUUCAGACAGCUGAGCAUAGUGGAAAGGAAUCUCGACUGGAAGAUGCUUCCACUACCCUACCCAUUCUUUGAUCAAAUUAACACAACAAUCAAAUACCGAGGCUUCACAACCACCUGCAACUUUCUGGAUAAGGACUUGGCAGAGUGGAGCACCAAAGGCUGUGUGGUACAUCAUUUUUUGCACUGGAGUCACAGUUGA